AUGGGAUUUAGGAAAGGACUGGGAACACGAGAUGCACUGUUUGCAUUAAGUGUUCUUUCGCAGAGAUGCUUAGAUAUUAAUCAGGAAGUAUAUGUCUGUUUCAUUGAUUUUGAGAAGGCAUUUGACAGAGUGCAGCAUAAUCUACUGAAAUUUUAUUAAAUAAAAACAUAGACAGUAGAGACAUUAGAAUCAUCUGCAACCUCUAUUGAAAUCAAACAGCAAAAGAUAUCCAGAUUCGCCAAGGGUGUAUUUUAUCACCCUUGUUAUUCAAUUUAUACAGUGAAGCCAUCUCAGAAUUAGGACUUGCCGAGAUCAGUGAGGGCCUUAUAAUAAACGGUGAGCCACUUAAUAACAUACGAUAUGCUGACGACACCGUCCUUCUGGCAGGAACACUAGAAGAACUGCAACACCUUGCUGAACAACUAAAUAUAUAUUUCAACGAUUAUGGACUAAAAAUCAAUUUGAAGAAAACCAAGUUCAUGGAAUUUACAAAAGCACAAAACAUCAAAGUUAAGCUAGUACUAGAUAAUACAGAAAUUGAACAAAUAUCUUCGUACAAAUACCUUGGAGCAUGGAUCACAGAAGAUACUGAUCAAACAAAAGAAAUAAGAUGCCGCAUUGAAAUUGCGCGGUCAACUUUUAAUAGAAUGAGAAAACUUUUUUGUAAUCGUGAUAUCUAUAUAUCGCUCCGGAUAAGAAUAUUUCUAUGUUAUAUUUUCUCUACCCUUUUGUAUGGAUUUGAAGCUUGGACACUUGAAAAAUCCAACUUUAAAAACCUAGAAGCAUUCGAAAUGUGGUGUUACCGACGUAUUUUGAAAAUAUCAUGGAUGGAUCGCAAAACAAACGAACAAGUUCUCGAACAACUAGGAAAACAAUGCGAAGUUUUAAAUUCCAUAAAAAUCAGGAAAUUGGAAUUCUUGGGGCACAUCAUGAGAGGUAAAAAGUACGAACUACUAAGGAAUAUAAUGCAGGGUAAAAUCAAAGGUAGAAGAAGCGUAGGAAGACGUAAAAUCUCG